CCAGAAAGGUCGAAAAAAAACAUCAUGUGCCUUAGUUUUCGUACUCCACAGCUCCAGUGACUCACUUGGCAGUGCGUACUGCGUACUUGUUUGCGCUGGAUGACGUUGCGAAGGUGUUGGUUGAUUGGUGGUGCUGUGACGUGCUCUCGGUACAAUUGCUAGCGACAAAACAGACGGGCUGGAAAUGAGUUGAACGUGUCGGGGUUUUGGGUCGCGAUUGUCCAAACGUAGUAUCGUUGCGAGCGCAUCUGGUAGUGUACCAACGCCACGGAACUACGGUAAGCGUAUGCUGUGCCGCAAGUGGAUAAGAAAAAGUGAAUGUACAACUCGGACGCAAGGAACGUCGGUGUGGCGUAUCGAUAGCGCCACGCUACUACUGCACUAAUUACCGGGUACGCGUCGGCACCGACGGGUGUUUCCUAGUGCGUACGGUGGUGUGUGGAGAAGAAGAUCACGAUCAGGGUUUCCGAGUACAUCCACUUCCGAACGGUACGCGGGGGCAGUAUGCGGGGUAGCAUCGCCGGCAUUGAGGACGGUAUCACCGGCAUACCGUUCAAACCUAGCUACCACGGGUUGGUGCUCGAGCUGAUCGACUACCUGUAUGCGUCGCUGGUUGUGGCCCCGCUAGUGGUAUGCUACUGGCGGGGGACCUGGAACUUGAUGGGCGAGUACAUCUACCCAUCCGACCUGACCACCAGCCUGAUCGUGUCGCUUGCCAUCGGCAUCGUGGGCCAUAUCGUGUUCAACAUCUUCCAGUCGACGCUGCGGCAGUAUCUGAACGCGGACAAGCACCGGAUAGCGUACUACAUUGGGUCGCGCAUGUACACCACCAUCUACGGGGCGGUAUGCGUGAACUGUUGGCGUGGCGGCUGGCAGCUGAUCGACCUGUACACAACACACGACGUCCUGUACGUGGUGCUAAUCACGCUGGGCUGCCUCUUUAUCCUCGCCUGUCUCAAGGGUGUGCGCAAUGUGAUGGGGACACCGUUUCUCAUCGUCAACGACUCGAGACGGGAGUACUUUGACGUACCGACGUACUUCAAGCUAACGGGCUCGAAAGAUCCAGGACUUUACGUGCUGGACUGCAUGUUUAGCGUUUUGGUGAUCGGUUCGCUGGUGGUGUUCGUAUGGCGUGGCCUUUGGGUACUUCUGGACAUGAAGCUCUUCCCAGAAGAUCAUGGCACAUCGGCCUGGGCAUCCAUAAUUAUUGGUUACGGUGUGACCGGGGUGACCUUCUCGCUGCAGCCGCUCAUGCGGUGGACCUGUGACCGGUUGACCGGUUUCUGGCGCGUGGUCGUCGCAGAUAUGUUCCUAUUCUUCAGCUUCAUUGGCACAAUCAACGUGUGGCGAGGUAUCUGGCAAGCGCUCGAUACAUUCUUUCUGCCCAACGAACCACUGCUGAGCAACUGGAUAACGCACGGUGCUGCGCUACUGCUGCUGAUACUGCUGAACUGCUCCAACUCCGUGCUGGUGCGCGGUGUUUACAUCGACGCGGAAGAACCAGCCGGCCAGUGUGUCGUGUUCCCCGUCUACUACAUCAGGCUGUUCUUCCAGAAGGAGCGCAAGAAGAAGCAACGGCGUCUGUUCGAUGCACUCGAGCGGGCGGAUCUUAACAGUACCGGCGGUGUGCUACAGGAUAAGAAGCAUCAUCAUCAACAGCAUCAGCUCCCACAGCAGCAGCAGCAGCAACAGCAGCAGCAAAAGGAGCCACAAAAGGAGCCCCAGCAUCAUCAUCACAUCACUGCAGACCAGAAUCAUCAGGUGAUCCGCAACCUGGAAGCCGUGCCCUUAACGAUAAUAGACGAUCCAAAGAGUAAUGGUGAUCACAGUAGUCAAGCGCCUAGAAUGUAAGCCUACCCCGUAAGAAGCACCUGGACCCUAGAACCUAAAAGAAGCACUGAGGUUAACUCAAUAGCCGGGCUAUUGAAGCACGAACCGCAUGUAGAACAGCAACCAAACACUUCUCCUUGUAUAAUGUAUUUUCUUACCGCGUAAUACCGAGACUUCCUACACAGGUUAUGCAUUCCACGCAAAGUAUUGAAUUGCUUAAAUACAAUUAAUAUUAUUAUUUCUUCAGCACAAGACCACUUCCCACACUUCAAGAAUACAACCAGCAAUGAACUCUGGUUCGCAACAUUUAUGCAUGUAGUGUCGUUUAUACGUAUAGGUCCUUAAACACAAGACAAAAACCCAGCACCCUAGACCUAAGUCUCGGAAAACCUAGCAGUAUACCUUGAAUGAAGAUGAAUGUUUUAGCCGUGUAAGUGACCAUUAGGCGUAUUAGGAUGUGUUUUAUUAUUUUGUUCCGUAAUCGAUUAAGGACUCAUACUCGCUAAAUAGGCCGGCUCUGCUGAAGUACGUGCGCUACUAAAAUUUAACCAUUAAGUUAGCGAUCGUGUUGCGUCUUGAGUAUUAAGACACAGACGCUCCUAUUUAUGAAUGGAACCUAAUUCGUUUUGUAAAUAUAGCCCAGAAUCGAAA